GGAAAUCGACGAAUAGAGAGGUAGCAACGACGAGCCGUCAUCAAAGACCAUAAGUUUGGACGAGCGGACAUAGCGACGAUUAUAAAUAUACCCGAUACGCAGGCUUAAGCACGAUGUUCACGCCUACUUUCCGCGGCCUCCUCAUGAGGCUCCCAUCGACUACUCCUCUCCCCAGUCUCUUCUAUGGCCCGUCCUCGGGCCGGCCUGCUGCCGCGACGGCUGUAGCAGCAUGUUCAUCGCCAUUCUUCUCCACACCUAUUUCUCGGCAGAUACAUACCACGACUCCUCGGAAUGCGAGGAUCGGUGGUGGAAAAGGCUCCAGUGCUAAAGGUUCAGGCGGCAAAGGUUCGGGCGGCAAAGGCUCUGGGAAAAAGAAGCGCAAGGGAGGGAAAGGCGAGGGCCCUGAUCCCAGAAUCCAGAACCUGAAAGCUUCGAUGCCCCGUGCCGUUCCCGCCCCUCUGAGAUUCGCGCGAAAUCGUGCGCUGCGUCACUGGACUAUUCAUCGCGCCUGGUUAUUGUACCAGCGCAAGGAGCGGGAGAGGGAGGCGCAUGAGCUGGAGCGGAUGUAUCAAUCGAUGCAUAAUGCCUGCGAGGAAUUGCGCAAGACUAGUGGACCUGGCACGCGGGACGAGGGAUACUUGUAUCGCAUGGCUAUGGAAAAGAAAGGUGUAUACGGACACAACAGCAUCCCGAUCGAGUAUGCGAGACCACAGACGGAAACACCGGCUCGAGAGCCUUGGAAUCACGGCUGGACCCGGUGAGGAGUCCUCAUCCGGCCCGCAUCCGAAUUCCCGGUCUAGAAUUCGUGUAACAUAGAGUCGUCUCCGACAUUACGUGGACUAGAAACCACCAUAUCCAAUGAACUAUUAGCUGCAUAUCUGCUGCGUAAACUUUGAGCACGUCUGCGUGCGUUGUUUUCCCCCCCUCCCAUCCGAUCGCCACUUUACCUUGGCAGGUAGAGACGUGGGAAGACGCAAUCAAUUACAUCAUUCGAUCAUAUACCUGGAUGCAGAUGCAACGCCUACAGUAGCUUGCAGUGAUGGAC